AUGAAGGCUCUGGGUGUCUCGGAUCCAUCUCAUCAUGUCCUGGUGCCUGCAUUUACCUGUGCCGCAUGCGCCGAUGCCAUCGUCCAUGCUGGUGGCAGGCCCAUCCCCAUCGACUGCGACUUGGACUCUUACGGCCUGUCGUUGGAAGCGGUGCGGAGCGGGCUCGAAGCCAACAAGGGCGUUGUGGGCAUUGUCAUCGCUCCAUGCUACGGCGUGCCGGCACGCGACUUUGGCGCCAUCCAGGCCCUCUGCAAGGAGAAGGGGCUGUGGCUUUGUGAGGAUGCCUGUGAGUCCUACGGGGCAAGCUGCAAUGUACGUGGCUUUCGAGUCCCUGUCGGGUCAAUGGCAACCCUGAGUGUGGUGUCUGUGCGGUCGGAGAAGAUGAUCGGAGUUGGUGAGGGUGGAGCCAUCCUGGGGAAUGAUGCAACAUUGGUCGCGAGGGCCAAGUGGUGGUGCUCCAGAGCUCCCUGCAGAGGUGUAGGCUUAUGGCGCGUGUACGAGCACGACGCAGUUGGGCAGAACUUCAGAAUGCCGGAAAUAUCGAUCAUAUUGGUGCUGUUUGCCGCGACUGCUGCCGCGGAGUUGCGCGGGAGGGCCAAGCGGCAAGGCCGCUCAAUUGGCUGUUCCUGUGACUGCUGCAACGUGGCACAGCGCCGCCCAGAUGAGCGCCAAGGUGUGGUAGGCGUGAAAUGCGCGCCAGCGGAAGGGCACAGCCGUGAGGUCUGUGCUGAGCAGUGCCAAACCACUCCGCGUGACGAGGUGCUCGGCCUCGUUGCCCGUGAUGAGGUUGUGGACUACGCCCGGUUCUGCUUCUAUGAAUGCAAACCGCCCUCCGGUUUGACCAGUGCGAUGAACUCACAGUGUCUGGCAUUGGCGUCAGAUGAGACGAAGCAGGUCACUGACGCAGAUGGUAAUCCCUUGGAUCCCGCGUUCUUGUACGAGCAUCAGUCGGUUGUGGCUUUGGCAGAGGAGGGCGACGAGACUCCGGACGAGGAUGUGGAGACCGAAGAGUCCAAAGAGUCAUCGCCGAAGAUGCUGGCAAACACCACCGAGUCCGAGGAUGCGCAGAACGGCGAAGACUCCGAGGAACUUCCAGACCCAGAAAGUGAUCCUCUUGUCGCGGCAAGCGGCGCACGAGAUGCAGCCUGGCAUGCAGAGGGAUCGGCAGCGAAGGCGGCACGCGCAGCUCGGAAGGCUUUGGAGGCACUGGAGACUGGUCGCAAUCAAACUUGGCUCAAUGCAAUGACGGAGGCCGACAAGGCGUUGAAUUUCAUGAAGCAGAAUGACAUCAGGCUGGCUACAGCCCAUGUGAAAGGCCCAAAGCCAUGGCGAAUUCAGGCCGCUGAGGCAGCUCGAGCAGCAGCGCAACCGUACUUGGAGGCUCACAACCACCUCGCCGAGACGCUGCCGAACCUGGACCGACAGGCCUCCAUGCAAGCAUCCAAGGCGGCGAAGGACCUUGAGGCAAAGGCACGCGAGCUGAAAACGAAGGCGGCUGUGCUCCGCAGACGCGGCAAGGAUACCUCGGCCGAGUUAACAGAGCAGUUCGCAUCGCAAACAGCGCAGCAGGCCGUCGAGAAGGAGCAAGCUGCAAAAGACUGGCUGGCAGCUGCUCACAGCAACGAACAGAAAGCGCGGGACGAACGUUUCUUGGAGAAUGCACAGGUCGCAGCAGAACAAGCAGCCCAGCAGCUCAAGCUGCCGCAGCGCUACCAGCUGGCUUUGCCCCCGGACCCCUUGCGGCAUUGGGCGCCGACAGCAUCGCUGGCGGCUGUCGGUUGCGCAGCUGCAGAGAUGCUCCCAGUUAUGAUGGAGCGAAAACGAGCAAUCCACGGCUGGUACGAAGACGGCAUUGCAGCUCGUCCUGGCUUGAAGGGUGUGAGACUACAGCAGGCGUCCGAAGGCGACGAUAGCGUUUGGUGGAUAAAUGCUGCUCUGCUUCCAGACGGCUUGAGCGGCGAAGAUGUCGGCAUGCAGCUGAUGAAGAGCUUUCCUGACAUCGAGAUCAGGCCUGGCUUCUACCCGCUGAACAGCAUGGCCAUCUUCCAGUCUGAGUGGUCGCGACCCUGUCCGAAUGCGGAGCUGCUCUACAAGAGACUGGUUUGCCUUCCCUCCUCGAACCAGCUCCAGAAAGACGACGUGGAGCGGGUCUGCGAUGCGCUGGUCGAAGCCAUCCGUGCCGUUUCCGCACCUACGCAGUGA